CCGCCCACCUCGCAAAUCUCAAGGUGACUACUUCCCAAAUUUCUGGAAUCUGCAGCCUGAUCCACUUGCAACAUCUACAACCCAUUCUAAUCGGUGUUUAUCUUACAGAUCGUACAGACUCAACACCUCACAACAAUACAACAAUGCUUCUCUUGCCAUCGCUCGCCGUGAUCGCCUCGUUGGCGAGGGCUAUCAACGCCCAAGAGGUUGUCACCAUUGACCCCAGCAGCGUUGAUCCAGCCACGAGGGAGCAUUGGUGCCUGUCGCAGACUUCGUCCUGCCCGCUCCUGUGUCUUCAAUACCCCAAGUCAACCAGCGAGCCGACCUCAAACGACUGCGAUUCCGACACCCUCUCCUACAGCUGCGUCUGCGACAACGGCAAAUCUCCCAACGCCUCGGAAUACUCCCAGACAAUCCCCUACUUCAUCUGCACCGAGGAGAACAACCAGUGCGUCAAUAAAUGCGAGGGCAAAUCAAGCUGCCAGUCCCGGUGUCGCGACGACCAUCCCUGCGGAGCCCAGGACCCCAAGCGCGCCAACAAGACCACCUCCACGACCUCGACCCCCCAAGCGACCACUUCUGUGCCGGCGUUCACGGGCGUCGCGGGUGAAAACAUCGGCGCCAGGCCGUCGAUUGAGAUGGGUCAUAUUUACGCUGCGGCCCUUGCCAUGGGCGCGUUCCUUGCCGGUUUCGCGUCCUUGCUUUGAGUGGAAUAAAAUGGAAUGGCUCACGUCGACUGUGAUAGAUUGAGACUCGACUCGAUGUGCAGUGCUACGAUCUUCAGUCUUACACAUUCACAUUCACAUUCACAUCCACAUUCUCCCUGCAUGAUUUUCAGCGUUUUCAUGGAGCGUGCGCCGUCUUUGCUUUUUGUUCGUUUUUCUAUUAUGUUGUUAUGAUUUUAAUCAUUAAUCAUAUGGGGCUGUCUAGUUUUGUUACCAAAACAGCCAUUGCAUUACCUCCCAUGUUAACUAAUAUCACUCCUUAUUAAAUGCAUACAACCAAAUUACCGCACUUUA